AUUCGAGUUCGCGGGGACGUACAGCACGUAGUGUCAGUACGCGAAGAAACGUCGUCCCCUCAUCAUCGUCAAGUCGCGCGUGUGCCAUUUCGAAACGACACCGAUAUCAUAUUCGCAAGUUCAGUGUGUUCCAAUAAAAAAUAAAAAAAAAAAAAAAGAAAAAAACAGAAGAAUUUCAACGAUCCACGUUGCACCGUUUCACUGGAAGGUGAUCGAGGAAUUUCAAUUUGUUUCAUCUCGACGUGCUUCCUGUUCUACUCCACGAAGGGAACACGCGUAGUGCCGGGAGGCUCGGCGGACCACGCACGCGACCCCGGCCACUUUUCGACGUUUCCAAGCUGUUGAUAUUUGUUUUCCUUAUCUACUUCCGCGCGAGACGAUCAAACGCAGCGUGUUCGAAGCUGAACACGAGGAGAGGAUCAUCGAGAAGCGAUCUCGUCUCGCGGAGAAAUCCGCGAUGGACGCGAAAGUCGAAGCACCAGGUGCGAUUCGAGGUGCGAUGAAGCUCGAAAGCUGUGAGUAGAAACGCGACUGGCGUUUGGAUGGCUUGCAAACGGAAGCGGAAAAAGUCGUGGAAGAGCGCCUGAGGUGAAGUUCCACUGGCUGCACGGCCUUCGCGCCGGUCAGCAUGGCGUAGCAACGCCGCGAAAAUCCCACGUUAAACUUUUACCAACGGAGCAGAGUCUAUUGCUAAGUUUGUUCCAUUGGUUGAAAGAACGAACAGAGCAGAGGAGAAAAAGACGCAAUGCGGUAGCGUGUGCUAAGCGAGAGCUUAGCGGAUCAACGUCGUGCCACAGAGCCGGUUCAGAGAACGAAACUGGGCCAUAACAGAGUCGAAGGGCCCGGCGAAGGUGGAUAAAGCCUCUCGAACAACGGCCCUGGCGACGACGGCGUUGGCUUCCGGCGAUGAUCGGAUACAAUCAACACAAUUCUGGCUACAACAAGCUAUUUACGCAGGGCUCGGCAGACUCGAACUACUCACAGCCGAGCUCGGAUCUCUCGCUGGACGAGGAGAAAGAGAGCUUGCGUCGUGAGAAGGAGAGGCAGGCCCUCAAUCAACUUGAAAAAGCCAGGACGAAAGCAGUAGCGUUUGCAGUGCGGACCAAUGUGAGCUAUGACGGAUCUGUCGACGAUGAUUCGCCUGUCCAUGGCUCGGCUAUCAGCUUCGAGGUCCGCGACUUCCUGCACAUCAAGGAGAAGUACGACAACAAUUGGUGGAUAGGUAGGCUGGUGAAAGAGAACGCGGACGUCGGCUUCAUCCCGUCCCCGGUGAAAUUAGAGGCCCUGAGGCAGCAGGCGAGCGCUGCACGUGGUACGAAGGGUCUCUAUUCGGCACGUGGAGGGUCUUCAGGGAACCUUGGCGAGAGUGGUAUGCCCUCACGUGGUUCCACACCACCUACACCAGGUGACGACAGCGACAGCGUCCGAGGCGGUAAGGCAACGUUGACCACGCCACCGGCUAAGGAGAAACGGAAGAACUUCUUCAAGAAGCCGUCCUACGAAACCACCACGCCGUACGACGUUGUACCAUCUAUGAGGCCUGUCGUCCUGGUCGGUCCAUCGUUGAAAGGUUAUCAGGUGACGGACAUGAUGCAAAAGGCGUUGUUUGAUUAUUUGAAGCAUCGGUUCCGAGGCAGAAUAAUUAUCACUAGGGUAAUGGCAGACAUUUCACUGGCAAAGAGAUCGUUGCUGAACAAUCCAUCAAAACGAGCGAUCAUGGAACGAUCCACGAGCAGGAGCAGUUGUUUGGCGGAAGUUCAAGCCGAGAUCGAGAGGAUUUUUGAGCUUGCCAGAACCCUUCAGUUGGUAGUUUUGGACUGCGAUACCAUCAAUCAUCCGUCGCAGUUAGCUAAGACCAGCCUGGCGCCAACGAUCGUCUACCUGAAGAUUUCGUCACCUAAAGUGCUCCAAAGGUUGAUCAAGUCGCGUGGAAAGUCGCAGAUCAGACAUCUGAACGUACAAAUGGUGGCUGCUGAGAAAUUGGCUCAGUGUCCUACAGAGAUGUUCGAUGUGAUUUUGGAUGAGAAUCAGCUGGAGGAAGCUUGCGAACACGUAGCUGAGUACCUGGAAGCUUACUGGAGGGCCACGCAUCCUCAAGUGAUCGCUACAGUACCACGUCCGAUCCCUGCACCGGAUGCACCAGUCGACGCGUUAACACCUCGCGUCACAUCAGGUGCCCAUCAUGAGAGUUACUACGGCCACGAGCCAAGAGGAUCAGGAUCGUACAGCGGCGGACACAUGAGCGAGGGAACUCGAAAGUCGAGGCUGGAGAGGAUGGAUCGUGAUCGGGGCGAUCGUAGUGAACACGACUACGGCAACGAGGAGGAAUCGUACGUCAGUGGCGUCGAUUACGGGAGCGCGUCGAGGCGUCGCCAGCAGCAAGAUCCGCGCGCAUUGAACGCCAUUUAGGAGCUGGGGCCCCGGGGCCUGUCGCUACAGCGCUGUCCCCACCUGCGCACCACUGCUCUUUAGUGGGGUCGCCACCUGGUACGCUACUGAACGUACGAACGUGCUUAACGCUACCGUAGCGAAGAAAACAAAAAAUAUUUGCGCUCUGGUCUGUUAGUGGGGUUUCUUUCCUGUCGCUACCCGUAAGAUGGUUCAUUUUGUUCGAUUUACUGUUUAAUAGUUAGACCCUUGUUGUUCGAGCUGUCCCAUAAUUUACAUAGAAAUCGCCUUUCGUUACGAUAUUUCUAGCCUUUAGUAUACGGCAUCGUACGUAACGCAUGGAACUCAGCGUGUUUUCAUGCAGAAUCAUUUUCAUUUUCUUCAUUCUGUCCGUUUAUUGAUGCCGGAUCUCGAUGUAGAACUUCUAUUAUAGAUACAUUGCAUCGUAUUAUGCCAAUGAUUCUCGUUACCGAGGAAGCGUGCACGAUACUUUACGCUGUAACAGAGAGUAGAAACGUUGAUUAUGCAAAGUGUUGUUCUUUCGUAGAGCUGAGAUUUUGAAUCUCAGGUAAAUCGCUUUGAUUUUUAUUUGUUGGAUUGUUGAGAUGGUACGCGUGCACGCUUGUCUAUGAUACACGAAUGUUUCAUCCUACGAGGUAUACACUUUCUUCCGUUUGCGACUAUUUUCGUUAUGAUGGAAGCAAAAGUUAGCGAGCUAGUGCAUUAUUUUUUCAUUUGAUUGGUUCCAAAGUAAACAUGGCGUAAUUUGUCGUAAAAGAGUAACGUGUCCAUGGUGACAGACAUUGUAGAUUCUAUUUUCGUAAUCGUACUCUCGAUUAAAGGAGCCUUGUUGAUUUCGUAACGAUCGUUUUCUUGACCAUUCGAUAGAUAUCGUAAAAAGUAGAAAGACCCAUUCUAGUGAAACCAAUUGUUGUUGUCAUGAAACUAUCGAGUAAAUGGCUUUGUUCUGUUCCCAUCCCCCAACCCUCCUCCGUUUUACAGAAAUUUUAUCAAAUCAAUUACAAAGUUCGUUCGCGUAAAUGGAGAGCGUGUGAGAGAGAAAAAGUGUGCGAGUGAGAGAGAGAUGGAGCGUGUUGGCGGCAGCGAAAAAUUUUCACGAGCAUUUUUUCCAACAGGAAUUCCGCGUAACGAUGGGCGGAUUGAAACGAAUAAUCGAAUGUCCUUGUCGAUGAGGUACGCACAGGAUAAAUCCCCCAUUCGCGGAGCCAGCUCAACGAGAUGAGUAUUGACAUGAGAACAGUCACGUGAACAAAGCUAAAGAGAAACACACUUUUAAGAAUGAGAAAGAGUGAGAGAGAAGGGAGAGCGUGAGAAUAAGAGAGAAAGGAAAGAAGAGAAAAAGAGCCCUGGGGCCUUAAUCUUUGCGCUGACUCCUCCCGGGCCCCUAUUACCCAACCCCACGAGAAACAUCAGAUUUUUCAGAUCGAUGAUUUAUCAGCCAGCUAGGGGAACUCGUGAAUCGGCAUCGAGUCUUCAUUAAACGCCACGAGAUUUUCGCUCGAAAUUAGGUAGACGAUCGUCCGGAGCUAAUUGAACGAAAAAAAGAAAAACAAAGAAAGAAGGGAGUAUAAAAUAAAAUCGUGAGAAACGAACAAAAAGGAGAAAUCAUAGGAAAAUGAAAUGAGAAACUUCGAUAUGAAUUUCGCGUAGAAUUUUUUCAAUUCGGCCGACAGAAACAGCGAUAGUUGCUUCGAUUUAGAGAUAUGAGAGAAGAAACGAGGAAAAUGAUCUCUAAUCGAUUUACCUUAGGAUCGAUCGCAUGAUUAAAUUCUUAAUUCUAGAAAUUUUAGAAAUUUCGCGUAUUCGUCACGAGGUUCGAACAGAAUUUCUCUAUAUUACGAUCGAGUAUGGAAGGAACUCGACAAAAAUAAAAUAAUGAAACGAAUUAACGUUGCGUGGCGAUGGGUUGGGAUCAGAGAUAAUCAAUCAUUAUUGUCGUACGCGAUUAAAAGUUUUCGAUUAUCGAUACGAUGGCGCGUUGAUGAUCGCCGCGCUAGGCUCACGUGUUUAUACGUUUUAUUAGAGUCUAUUUGGUGAAAUGUGAAUACACAUACACAUACACACACACAUACACACACGUGUUACACAUGCACAGACAGGCAUACACGGGCACACGCACACGAGAACACACAGUGAAACACAUUUUGUGUAUAUAGUAUACAUAUAUAAAUAAUAAUAUUAUAUAUAUAUAUAUAUAUAAAUAUAUUGUAUACGUAUGUACGCAGUGAACACUUUUACCUUUGUCACUCGACAAAAUUCCGAUCGAUGCAAAAUGUGAGUAUGAGAGCAAGAAUGAAUGGGAGAAAAUGAAAGGAAUAGAAUGAAAGUAGAUAGAGAGUGAAACAAGAAAGAUGAUACUAUACCAUAGAAUCAAUAGAUAUCGUGUAAAUAUUGUAAGAAGCCUUUAAAAACAAGUCCUUUCCGUUUCGAUUUUGUCGUGAAUGCAGCGUCGUCAGCUGCAGCGAGGAUCAUGGUAAUGCUGGAUAUUUGUCAACGUUUCUCAUUGUUUUUACGGAUCUACAAACACUUUCGGUCCUCGUGAUCAACGCUUUUGACGCACUACGAACUUGCUGCAACUAAAAUACGAAAAAUAUUUAUGGAGUAAUCGAUGCAAUACAUAUACACACACACAUACACAGACAUACUCAUACACAUACACGCACAUAUACAGAAACAUAUACAAACUCACUUGAUUGCAUACCAGUUGCACGAAUGUAAUCGUGACAAUCGAUAAUGCUAAUCGAGUUUUGGUCGUUCGUGUAUAUUGAUUUCUUUUUAUGAUGCACGCAUCAACGUUGUUUCUUAAGUAGAACGAACAAAUCUCGAGCUCGCCAUUCUUUGCAGAAAUAGCCUUGCGCACGGCCAGUAUAAUUAAAUAAUAUCAAAAGGGCAAAAAAAAAGAAAAAAAAAGAAAAAAAAAAGAAAAUGUACGAAACAUAAGAUAAUGAAUUUUUCUAAAUUAAUUUAAGGAAUUUUACUUAAAACGAUCACUUGUGCAUCAUUAGACUAGCGAAACGAAGCGUUUCUUUCCCGGAACGAUUACGUUCGAUAUGCGCUUGUGUAUGACGUUGCUGUGUGAAUUUAGCGAGGUUUUCUUAUCGUUUUCACGCAGUUUUCGCAUUUUCCACGGCCGAUCGCUGGCAUAUUUUUCUUUAAAAAUAAAUUAAAAAUAAGGAUUUGGCGCACGGUCCUUUGAAUCUCAAAACUUGAGCGUGGAUCGCAAUUUCUUGUCGAUAUAUGUAUCUCUGCCAGCGAUUCAGCGUCGUCGUCUUAUCGAAAGUGUUUCAAAUUCUUAUCAAGCUCGUUGUUUGUUCGCCAUAUUAAAUUGGCGCUGGAAGAUUAUAUAGUUGUUGAAGAUUAUAAAAAUCUUCGUGCAAUGCCGUUUAUUGAAUUUUAGUGGCGUCACCGAUGGAUCGAGCGAGUAUCGAAGCGAAAGUCUUCGUGGAACGCUCCCAGGAUGAACUUUAGAGACGCCUUAAGAAUUAAGUAGACGAUCGUGUGAAGAUCAGCAUUCGACCUAAAUCUUCGCUCGCUACGCUGUUUAACGAAUUUUAUUGGCGCCUCGCGCCGUAAUAAUUUCGCUUGUCGAAAAUUCCAUAUUUUAUCUUUCGACUGGAAGAUUUUUAUAAAUCGAGCGAAGAUGCUGAAAAAUCUACGACAAAUGUAAGAAGAUAGUUUGUUUCGAAUUCAAGGCAAACUAUGGAAUGUUCGAGUUUCACGUUUCACGAUUUUUCACGUUUUCGAGUUUCGCGAGAAUUCUAUUGGUCGCUAACUGUAAAAUGUUUUUUGUAGCCAACGUUUGUAAAUAUUAGGUAAAAUAUAUUUGCAAAACACUAUCACUGGUGAUGUCUAUUUAAAGAUACUCACGCUUCUACUUCGAUGUGGGCGAGUUUCAGUCAAAAUUCAAUGCGAGAAGGAGCGUGCGUUUCGGUUUCUUCACGACGCGAUUCGGGUGCAAUUUGGAAACGAAUGCUCGCUAGUAGCUAGAGUUUCUUUUGAACUUUGUUUCCUCGUGUCGAACAGAGGCCGUUUGUACUAGGGUAACGUUCUUAUAUCACGUUUGCUCGAUUAUUUUAACAAGUUUCUCUGUUUCUGCGAUUUAACUACGAAUAGCGCCGCGACGCAUAGGCGACUCGAUUUUAAAUCGUAGCUAUUGUAUACAAUUUUUUCUAGACGUCAAUGACGCGAUUGAUAGAGGAUGUGUAACAAUAUCUAGCCCACAUCCUUAGGCAAAUGAGAAUUUUUUAUAAUAUUUUGUAAAAAUCUUUCGCUCGAUAGGCAGCGAUAGAAACCCACGUCAUGCAGACCUGAUACGAAUUAUGGCGUCUCACGUGGCCACAUACAUACCACACACACACACACACACACACACACACACACGAUACACGAAUUUCAAAGAAGCCCUUAAUAUUUCUUACGGUACGAUCCCUAGUAGUUAACUGACGCGAGAUCCGUCGGUUUUGUAAUCAUUAACGAUUUCGGUUUAGGAUUUUAGCGGCUUCCAGUCCGUUCUUUCUUUCGAUAUAUCGAAGACUAGUGUUCGAAUCUGUAACACGUGCAUUAGCGCGCUAAAUUAAAUGCAAAACGAGUGAAAAAAAAUUGUAUGAAACGUAACUUGUAGCUUUCGAUCGACGUCAAUUCGGAUCUACGUAAAAAGAAAAAAACAAAAAAAAGACAAAGGAAAUCUCUGUAGUGUUUCUCAGUAAAACGAUCUAGGAUUAAAACUCGCACGCGACAUGUUCGUUCGAUGCCUACAAAAAUCGACACACAUUCUGUUCUAGCGAAGACAAAAGAGAACAAAGAAAAUAUCUCCCAUCACGAGCGAGCCAAAUAAAAAAGUAUUAAAAAAAAGGUGAAAAAAGAAAAGUUCGAAAGACAAAAAAGAAAUGAUACAAUUCACUGGAAAUCGCGAUGUCAUGCAGGAAAGCUGAAAGUCCAAUCGGCAAUGCAAUCGAAUUUUCUUCUGAAAGACUUAACGAGAACAUAUUAACGAGCGUUUAAAUAUCGAUGUUUAAGCUGUUUAGGAAGAAACGGGAGAAAGACGAGAGAGGGAAGACUGGAUGCGGGAGAGAUAGAGGGUAAGCCUUUCUUCAAUAGUUGCGAGAGUCGAGAGGGCAAGUACAAUUCGUUCGAUGUAUUUAAAAAAAUUAGGGCGCGAGUUUAAAUUAAUUAGGAGUGAAUCGUUGUGUUGGUUUGCACCAUGUGCACGUGAACGUGUUCUUAAAAUCUAGACUGCUUUUGCCGACGUCACGGCGGGCGAUUUUGUGCGAUCGAUCGACGUACUCCUCGAAGAAUGCAACCCCAAUUACACGAAUGGUUGGAAGGUCCAAAAAAAAAAGAGAGAAUAAGGCACUAUAAGAACAAAGCAUCGAACGAAAGAUAAUCGUUUCGUAUGACUCAUAUUCUGUGAAAAAAUUUGUUCUCCUUUUGAACAAUUUUUAGCAAAUUCUUCGUAGAUGUGGACCGUGCCUCGGUGUUAUGUUUGCUUUAGGGACAUAUAUGGCGAAACGCCUGUCCUUGUAAAGAGCCUUAAGGCUUUCGCAAUGAAAUAUUAUUGGGCACAUUGCGUACAGCGUGGUUUCGAAAGUAUAUAUCUGUGUGUACACAGAGAGGCAGAAGAGAGGAAAUGGGAGACGAAGAAUAAAAGAAAAGUAGUGCUAGGAUCACUAUGGACGCCAUUGUCGGUUUGACUCGAUGAUCGUGAUUUUGUCUCCGAUUAUGCAUGUAAUAAACCGCGGCAAACGCAUCAACGGAAAUACGUUUCUGCGCGAACAGAAUGGGAACAUUGACACGUUCUAUCGGCUUCUCGCUGCCGCUUUCUGUAUUCGAUUAUUACACGUAAUCUAAAAUGGCAACAGUACCAUAGCAAAACAGAAAAACGAAGCGCAAGACGUUCGCUGUUCACCGUCGAUCAUACGCGUUUUAGAAACGUUUUAGAAUUAGGUCAGUUUGUAGUAGAGACAGAGACGAUUGCAUGCAGUCCGAAUAUUUUUAAAAACAAAAGAACUAAAACGCGGCUGAAAAUAUUCUUCGUCUCGCGGUCAGCCUUGACAAACUAAUCAAUAUUUUCGCAAUUGUCUUCUUCUUUUAUCUUUAGCGAAAUUGAUAGUUGAUCGUUGAAGAUAUUACGACGUAAGCCCGGUCGAUACGAUUACGAUAAAAAAUGGCAACUGCUAAAAGCUGCUUCUUGUUCACGCCGUCCCGUAUAAUUAAAUACGAUCGUCGAUUCGAAUCAACCGGCGUCGCUCCGAGGACGAAGUCCUGUCGCCUGUGUACGUGAAUUCUAACGUGUUCAAUUUCGACGUGCUUUCACGCGUGUCUGCCUCACGUGGUGCGUGUGUGCACGUUGUGUCUCCUAUCGCUAUGGAACAAACGCCGCGCAUUCACGUUCUCGGUCACUUAUUUUCUUUUGCGGCUGGUUCGUUGGAUCAAAGUUUUUUCCCUGUGUAUAUUGUCUAUUAUUCCCUCGUGCGACUGAUUUCGAUAGCGGACAAGCGAACGAAAGCAAGGAAGAAAGGAAGGGAGAAAGAAUGUAAAAAAAGAAGAAAAUAAAACUGCAGAAAGGAAGGAAGAAAGUUGAGAUAAGAGAGCGAUCUAAUUCGUUUUCCUCGGGCGAAUUUUAUUUCGUUGUUGUCGCGGAGGAAUCAGCGUGCGAGUAACGAGAAGAAAGAGGAUAUUCAUUGAAAAUGGAUAAUCGAUGACUUUGCUGUUAAACGAAUUAAAAGGUUCGUCUAAUCGCGUCGAGUUUAAUGGACGAGAGGAGAAAUUGGAGCAAGUGUAUGUUUGUAUGCGUUUGUGUGAACGAGAUCGAGAGAGAGGAAGAAACGGAUGAAUAACAAAAAAAAAGAAAAAAAGAAAAAGAAAGGAGGAAAAGAGGAGAACGAGAGAAUUUGCGGUUCAGUGUGCACGAGCUGCGGUUCUUCGGAGACGGAAUUGAGGUGAUUAAUUAAACGAGAUGUUGUAAAUUGUUCUAUAGCAAAAAUGAAAAGUGUUACGGCCGUGGCAGCGCGCCCUUCGAGAGUUCCUCGACGGUUAACAAAAUUCUUACCUCUAAUCGAUUCAACUUCGGCAGAAGAAACUUCGAAAUUAAUAAUCGGAAGGAGUAGAUAGGAAACACACGAUUGAUCGACUUGAACGACGAUUAAUUUCGUCGCUGACGAGUCUCGAGGAGCGCGAUGCUUUGAUCGUUUCGAUGUUGAUAUGUCAAUGCUGUGAUGUUAUCCUUUGAAACUUCAAAUGAAAAAAAAAUAUAUUUCCCUUCCCCCUAUUUGUCCCUCCAUCAUCCCCGUUCCCCUUCGACACGGCCCACCCUCGAUUUUUCCAGAAAGUAUCCCGCAAGACGAACCCCUUCUCCUUGGAAAAUAAAUAUUUCUAUUACUGUAACACUCCGCAUAGUCCUUUAAAAAAAAAAAAAGAAAAAAAAUAGCUAGAUUCUAAUCGUAUUUAA